AUGGAGACCGAAAUGCUGCGCUGGACAGCCGGAGUAACACGCUUAGACCGUAUAAGUAAUGACGCCGUCAGGCAGCGAUUCGGUGUAGCGUCCAUUGUCGAUAAAAUGCGCGAAGCUCGUCUACGAUGGUAUGGUCAUACUCUUCGCGCAAAGAUCGACAGUGUCCGUAAGAUCGGUCUCCGCCUUGACGUGUCCGGAAAGCGGCCUAGAGGACGUCCAAAGCAGCGGUGGCUCGAUACGUUGCACGAAGAUCUUAAAGCGGUUAACAUCCACCCCGAUCAAGCGAUCAAUCGGGUGAAGUGGCGUCAACAUAUCGGAAAACCGGACCCCGCCUACAAGCGGGACAAACGCUAA